AUGAGAGCAUUCGUCGUGGUUGCCCUUCUGGGGGCUGCGCUUGCUGCUGUCAUCGCCGUUCCAACGGAAAGAGAGUUUCUGUUGAAACAGAAGGAGAUUCUCCGUCUCCUGAGCAAAGUUCACGAGCCAAACAGAUUCAAGCAUCAAAUAGAACUCGGCGAUAAGUUCGUGGCAGGACUCGAGGAACUCUCCUUCAAGGAUGCGUCCCCUGUUCGCUCUUUAAUGAAGAUCUUCAAGACAAAGAAGUUUCUACCUCGCGGUGAAAUUUUCACGCUGUUCAACGACGCUCAUCGUGCCGAAAUGAUAGUCCUAUUCGAGGCUCUUUACUUCGCCAAAAACUGGGAAUCCUUCCUGGCGACGGCGUGCUGGGCUCGAGAUCGCGUCAACGAAGGUAUCUUCGUCUACGCCCUGAGCGUGGCGGUCCUUCAUCGUCACGACUGUAGGGGAAUCGUCCUCCCUCCGGCCUACGAGACGUACCCUCAUCUCUUCGUCAACUCUCGAGUAAUCCACGAAGCCUACCGCGCAAAGAUGCGUCAACAGGACGCGGUAAUCCGCAUGAAUUUCACCGGAACGGUCAAAAAUCCGGAACAGAGGGUCGCCUACCUCGGCGAAGACGUUGGCAUGAACUCCCACCACGCUCACUGGCACAUGGAUUUCCCGUUCUGGUGGCGCAGCGCUGAUUACGGAGUGCAAAAGGACCGCAAGGGCGAACUCUUCUACUACAUGCACCACCAACUAAUCGCCCGCUUCGACCUCGAGCGUCUUUCCAACGAGCUACCGUUCGUCGAGCCUCUGUCCUUUGACGACGUAAUCGUCGACGGAUUCCACCCCCAGACCACCUAUCGAGUGGGUGGAGAGUUCCCCUCGAGACCGGACAAGUUUGCUUUCCAGGACGUGGAGCAUAUCAAAGUUCGCCAGAUGAAGGACUACGUCAGGCGCAUCCAGCAGGCCAUCGCUCAUGGCUUCGUUUUCAGCAAAAAUGGCAUAAUUAUAGCUCUCAACGAUACCGAGGGAAUCGACAUACUCGGUUCCAUGAUGGAACCCUCGAUGGAUUCACCCCACGUCGAGUACUACGGCUAUCUUCACAAUUACGGACACAUCAUGCUCGGACAGAUCACCGAUCCCAAGGGUAAAUUCAACCUUCCUCCCGGCGUGAUGGAACACUUCGAAACUGCUACUCGUGACCCAGCAUUCUUCCGCCUCCACAAGUACAUCGACAACAUCUUCAAGGAGCACAAGGAUUCUCUGCCAAUGUACACCAAAAAAGAGCUCGACUUCCCCAAUGUUCAAAUUACCAAAGUUGACAUUGACAAUUUGGAAACAUACUUCGAGAAUUUUGACGUCGAUCUCUUGAACGCCUUGGACGACACCGUGGAACUCGACGACGUCUCCAUCAAGGCUCGCGUCACUAGAAUGAACCACGCUCCCUUCACCUACGACAUCAAAGUCAAGUCAGACAAGUCCCACACUGCCGCUGUUCGCAUCUUCCUGGGACCGAAGUACGAUUGGUUCGGCCAAGAAAUCGACAUCGAACAGAAGCGGAUGUACAUGAUCGAGCUGGACAAAUUCACCGCCAAACUGGAAAGCGGCGAGAACACCAUUCUACGUAAAUCCUCCGAGUCGAGUGUGACCAUUCCCGACCAGAUAUCCACCAAGAAACUCUGGGAUCGUGUCGAGGCUGGCAUUCAGGGUGCGGUGACCGUCGAAGUGGACAAGGAUCAUCGUCACUGCGGAUAUCCGGACCGUCUACUCCUCCCCAAAGGAAAACCGGAAGGCAUGCCCUUCACUCUCUACGUAAUCUUGACCGACUUUGAUCAAGAGAAAGUAAACGACGUUGCCGCAGACUACUCUUACGGCGGUAGUAUCAGCUACUGCGGUGCAACGCACGGUCACAAGUAUCCGGACAAUCGUCCCAUGGGAUUCCCCUUCGAUCGUAAAAUUGAAAGCCCAGACGUUUUCUUCACGCCCAACAUGUUCAGUCGCGAUGUUACCAUCACUUUCAAAGGUUGAAGGCACCCCAA